AUGGAAAUCGACAAAAUACUGCACUCUGGUGAUGCUGAAGAUCCUAAGUCUGCUUCAACUUCCAGCAUACCCAAGAAAGGCGGCUGGAUCACCUUGCCUUUCAUCCUAGCGAUGGUGACGGGCAUAUCACUAGCUUAUGGAGGACUUGUGUCCAACCUUAUUGUGUAUCUGAUUCAAGAAUUCAACGUUAAGAGUAUCAGUGCUGCUAAAAUUUUCAAUGUGGUCAACGGCUGCGUCUCCAUAUUUCCUGUUGCUGGAGCCAUCAUUGCUGAUUCCUAUCUGGGAUGUUACUCUGUCGUCUGGAUAUCUUCCCUCAUCUCAUCUCUGGGCAUGUUGUUAAUAUCACUGACAGCAGCGUUUAGUAAAUUGAGACCUCCGCAUUGCGAAAAUGGAUCCAACCUCUGCAGAAGCCCAUCAGAGUUCCAAUUUGCAGUGCUUUAUAUCAGUUUGGCUCUAGCAUCUAUAGGGAUGGCCGGGACCCGAUUCACUGUCGGACCAAUGGGAGCAAAUCAAUUUGAUAAACCAAAGUAUCAAGGGAUUUUCUUUAAUUGGUACAUUUUUGUAAUGUACAUAUCCACUGCGGUAUGCUCCACGGCAAUUGUGUACAUUCAAGAUAAUGUCAGUUGGGCAUGGGGGUUUGGCAUUUGUUUUGCUGGAAAUGUAAUUGGAUUAGUACUAUUUUUAGCUGGCAGUGGUUUCUAUCAUCGUAUCAAGCCACACGGGAGCCCUUUUGCCAGCUUGGGUCGAGUUAUUGUCGCAGCUACUAGAAAAAGGAAUUUGCUGCUCUCACUAAAGAGUGAAGAUUAUUGCCAAGACCACAGAAAUAUGACCUUCAUUAUGCCUACAAAAUUUUUCAGAUUCUUAAACCGUGCAGCGUUGAAAACUGAAGGAGACGCCGAGCUGGCUGGUUCCAUUAGGAAAUCCUGGCGACUAUGCACUGUGAAAGAAGUAGAAGAUUUCAAAAGCCUAAUCAAAAUGCUACCACUCUGGUCAAGUGCUUUGCUCGUCGCCGUCCCUCUUGUCAUCCAAUUGAGUAUGGUAAUCAUCCAGGCUCUAACAAUGGACCGUCAUAUUGGAGCUCAUUUUAAAAUUCCAGCAGGUACCAUGCCAGUCUUCAUAUCCAUAUCCACAUGCAUCACCAUAUUUUUCCUAGAUCGACUCCUAUUUCCGGUAUGGGAGAAGUUCACUCACCGGCCAAUCACCACCCUGCAGCGGGUUGGAAUUGGGCAUUUGCUCGACGUUCUUAGCAUGGCUGUUUUAGCCCUGGUGGAGGCAAAGAGGCUGAAGACAGUGCAGCUUCAUAACAUUGAAGGCCACGAUAAUGCUGUGGUACCAAUGUCAGUCUUUUGGCUUGUGCCAUCACUAGCUCUUGCUGGUAUUGGAGAAGCCUUUCAUUUUCCGGGUCAUAUUUCAUUUUAUUACCAAGAAUUUCCAGCAUCCCUGAAAAGUACAUCAACUGCAGUAGUUGCAUUGUCUAUUGGCAUUGGCUUUUACAUGGGCAAUGCAUUGAUCGACCUUGUUAGAAAGACAACAGAUUGGCUUCCUGAUAACAUAAACAGAGGGAGACUAGAUAAUGUGUACUGGCUGAUUACUAUACUGGGAGGCCUCAACUUCUGUUAUUUUCUUGGAUGUGCCUGUUUGUACAAGUAUCAAAAUGUUGAAAACUCAACGGAUGCCUCUGUAAAUGAAAAAUAA